AUGAUUUUUUGUUUCCUUUAUUUUCUUAUCUUUUUCUUCUUUCCUUUAUUUUCUUAUCUUUUCCUUCUUUCCUUUGUUUUCUUAUCUUUUCCUUCUUUCCUUUGUUUUCUUAUCUUUUUCUUCUUUCCUUUGUUUUCUUAUCUUUUUCUUCUUUCCUUUGUUUUCUUAUCUUUUUCUUCUUUCCUUUGUUUUCUUAUCUUUUUCUUCUUUCCUUUGUUUUCUUAUCUUUUUCUUCUUUCCUUUGUUUUCGUAUUUCUUUUCUUUUCUUGUUUCUUACCUCUCCUGGUUUUCUUCAAACCCUUUGGUUUUCUUAUUCUUUUUUUCCUACCCUUUUGUUGGUUUUCUUGUCCCUCCUCUGUUUCUUUUUUUUUUUUCACCCCUUGUUUUUCUUCUUUUUUUUUUUUUUUUUUUUUUUUUUCACCCCCUGUUUUUCUUUUUUUCACUCUCACUGUUUUCUUGUCAUCCCCCUUGAGUUUUUUUCUUGAUUCUUCUCCUACCCCAUUGAUUUUCUUGUUUCUUUUUUUCUUCAGUUUUUCAUUUUCUUUUUUUUCUUUCUGCAAUUUUUUGUUUGUUUCCUUUUUUCUUUUUUUUUUUUCUUUUUUUUGUAAAAUAAGAACUCCUCUCUCUUCCUGCUACCCCCUCUCUCCUCCUUUCUCUUGUGCUCUUUCCCUUGCUCUCUCUUCUCUCAAUCUCCCCUAUCUAUUGACUUCACCCUAUCUUUAUCUAUUGUCCCUCUCUAACCCUAUCUCUUGA